AUGGGCUCUCAACUCAUCUCGACCGAUGUCAAGAACAAGUUGGAAGACUUGUCUGGCAUCCAAAUCCUCCCAGGCCAAAAUCCAUAUGAAGCCUUCAUCAAAGCUUGCAAUGACAACCCAGCAGAGAUUCAAGCUCUUUAUCAGGGUCAUAGAACAAAGAGGAAUGAGCAGCAGAAGCAAAAGUUCAUAGCUCCUGACUUCAAGGAGCUCAUCAUUGACCCUUUCCUCCUGAGGCUGGAGAACCCGGAGAUGGAGCCCGGCUUCCAAGACCCUCGCAAUUGCUUGGUUUUCUGGGCGCGGCCGCCGGAUCACAUUGUGAGACUUUCGGCUCAUUUGCAGUCUUUGCUCAAGAAGGCCGCACCGAGUAUCUGGCUCAUGCCCCAGCACCGGAUGCAUCUCACAACUCUGGAGGUGACUCAUUCCAAAACGCCAGAGGAGAUCAUCGCUCUCACGGAUAACAUGCGCUCCGCAAUCCCUUACAUCACGGACUACACCUAUUCCCACAGGUCCCGUCUCGUAAGGCCAAUGAUCUCCUAUGACCUCUCCGCCUUCGCCGUCUCCUUCCUCCCGGCCUCUGGCGAGCCGCCCCUGAGCCCGCCCCCGGCGCCGACCGCUCAGCAGCAGCCUAUCGUGCAGGGGGACGGCUACACGUACCACCAUCUCCGCCGCGACAUUUUUACUCUGGCGCAGUCGACGGGCGUGCAGAUCGAGUCGAGGUACCAGGUGCCAAGCGCGCACAUCACGCUAGGGCGGUACCUUACGGAGAAGGACCACGAUACGCCCGAGGCGAGGAAGAGGUGGGUUGAGGCCAUUGAUGAGAUCAACGCGUGGCUCGAAAAGGAGGUCUGGGAUCGGCGGGAUGCCGACUGGAUUGGGGAGUGGCUUGUUGGGCAGGAGAGGGGCUUGGAUGCUCGGAAUGGGCAAUUGUGGUACGGAGGAGGGAGGACGAUCAAGCUGGGGGAGGGCUUUUGA